ACGAAAAGCAAAGACUGUUUUGAAAGAUUACGUGACUAGGCACAAAACACUUUAUGCUGCAAUUGAUCUUUACCAGGCCAUAAAUUAGAAUCUUUUAACUUGCUCCCCAAGCCUUCUCUGCCCACAUCAAUCUAUACAUACACAAAAUCAGACACAUACAACACUUUCCAUAACCCUCGCCUGAAAUGCUCUCACCAUGGCCGCAACCAUCAACCUUGCCUGCGAGAGCGAUUGCAAAGAAAUUCAUGAAUCAAUUGGAAAUCUCAGCCAUCUAACCCAAGCACUGGCUACAAAAUCCCAAAUCCAGAGAACCCAAAUCAGGGAAAAAUACAUGGAAAUGUACGGUGAGGAUUUGAUCAAUUGCCUCCGAAUGAGAACAACCCAGUUGGCCAAGAGUGAAGGAAAUGAGCUUGGGGAAUCAUCCAGCGCUGCUGCGGGUUCGGCCUUGGCCCUGUGGAUGCUUGAUCCAGUUGAGCGUGAUGCGGUUGUGGCCAGGGAAGCGCUUGAUCAGAAGAGUGAGAUCACCAAUUUUAGGGCACUCGUUGAGAUGUUUGUGGGCAGGAAAUCAAGCCAUGUUGUUCUGAUAAAGCAAGUUUAUCAAGCCAGGUUUGGGAGGGUGAUUGACCAGGAUAUCCUCUGCAUUGAACCUCCCCAUGACCCAUACAAGAAGAUUUUAGUUGCAUUGGUUGCAUCACACAAAGCCCACCAUGCAGAUUUGAGCCAACACAUAGCCAAAUGUGAUGCCAGGAGGCUCUACCAAACAGGGGAAGGAAGGUCAGGAGCCAUAGACGAAGCUGUUGUGCUUGAGUUACUCAGUAAAAGGAGCAUUCCGCAGCUCAACCUCACAUUUUCUACCUACAAGCAUAUCUAUGGUCAUGAUUAUGCAAAGUCUCUCAAGAAUGAAAUCUACGGGGAGUUUGAGGAUGCUCUGGAUGUGGUAGUAAAAUGCAUAUACAACCCACCAAAAUAUUAUGCUCAGACACUGUACGGGAGCAUAAAAGGAAUGACAAAAGACAAGGGUGGUCUGGCACGUGUGAUUCUGAGCAGGGCCGAGGUGGACAUGGAUGAGAUUCAAAGGGUGUACAGGAAAAAAUAUGGAGUAGGAAUGAUUGAAGCCAUCUGUGAGAGCAUUCCGGCAGGGGAUUACAGAGACUUCCUCGUUGCCUUGGCCAGAAAAGCAAGCACUACUGCCUCUGCUUUCUCUUGAUGGUUUAUGCCUUCCUAGUUACUAAGUUUUUGUUUUAGAACCAGAUGUCUGGACCAUGACUUGCGUGUAACUUGACUAAUUCUGGAGUUCUGAAGAUAACGUCCAGGCAAACUCUUCGGUGGCCAGUUUGGAACGUUUGCCUCUUUUAGUUAUGUAUUUAUUGUUUCUUUCCUUAAACAGCUUCAGUUUUGUGCAUUUUUAUUAACCGGCACAACUUAUU